CUUCUUUCCGGGGGUGUUCGUACGCUCUCGGGUGACACGGGGCGCUUGUCGUGGUCCGAGAUUCGGUCGGACGAGUUAAACGCGGCGGCGGGCGGGUACACGGGCUCGCCGUGGCCGCCGCUCGAGCUCGACCCCGUGGGAUGGGGUCGGAAACUAUAUCCAUCAGGAACGCCAAGAUCCUCAGGCGGACUGAUGUUCGGGCUCCACCACCAGGAGGCGGCUGGUGGUCUCCAUGCCCAACCUCGAGGACCCGUCACCUCUCUCAAAGAAGAACCGCUUACACGAGCAUGGAUGACUCCGAGUUCCUUAGUUGAUAAUACGAAUAGCGUGGGCGUUGGGCGUGCGCAUUUCGAGAAGCAACCGCCUAGCAACCUGCGCAAGAGCAACUUCUUCCAUUUCGUCGUAGCAUUGUACGAUCGCGCCGGGCAACCGGUCGAGAUUGAACGGACAGCGUUCAUAGGCUUCAUUGAAAAGGACCAGGAGCCUGAAGGUCAGAAAACAAAUAAUGGCAUACAAUAUAGACUGCAAUUACUUUACGCUAAUGGUAUUAGACAAGAACAGGAUAUUUUCGUCCGUCUCAUCGAUUCGGUAACGAAGCAGCCGAUUGUUUAUGAAGGUCAAGAUAAGAAUCCAGAAAUGUGCAGGGUUUUACUCACGCAUGAGGUCAUGUGCAGUCGCUGCUGUGAUAAGAAAAGUUGUGGUAACAGAAACGAAACACCUUCGGAUCCCGUCAUCAUAGACAGGUUUUUUCUCAAAUUCUUCUUGAAAUGCAAUCAGAAUUGUUUGAAGAACGCUGGCAAUCCGAGAGACAUGAGAAGAUUUCAAGUAGUAAUAUCAACGCAAGUGAUGGUGGACGGGCCGUUGCUAGCGAUAUCGGACAACAUGUUUGUCCACAACAACAGCAAGCACGGCCGCAGAGCGAAAAGGCUCGAUCCCACUGAAGGUACUGACGCCGCGCCCGAGACUCACUCUGGCUUAUACCCACCUUUGCCGGUCGCUACGCCGUGCAUCAAGGCCAUCUCGCCCAGCGAAGGCUGGACGUCAGGAGGUUCCACCGUGAUUAUAGUAGGAGACAACUUCUUCGACGGAUUGCAAGUCGUGUUCGGAACCAUGCUAGUCUGGAGUGAGUUAAUAACAUCACACGCGAUACGAGUCCAAACACCGCCAAGACACAUACCGGGGGUAGUUGAAGUGACAUUAUCAUACAAGAGCAAGCAAUUCUGUAAAGGAGCGCCCGGCAGAUUUGUUUAUGUUUCAGCACUCAACGAACCGACGAUAGAUUACGGAUUCCAGAGGCUACAGAAACUUAUACCGAGACAUCCCGGUGACCCGGAAAAACUGCCGAAGGAAAUCAUUCUAAAACGAGCGGCUGACUUAGCGGAAGCAUUGUAUUCGAUGCCAAGGAACAAUCAGCUUGGAUUAGGAGCGCCAAGGUCCCCUCCAGCCAGCAUGCCUUUCAACUCGUAUACUGGACAGUUGGCGGUUAGCGUGCAGGACACUGCGGCAUCGCAGUGGACCGAAGAAGAGUACGCGCGUAGUGGCGGCUCCGUUUCGCCGCGGUAUUGCUCCGCCGCGUCUACCCCGCACGCCGCGCCCGCGUCCUACCCUCAUCCACAGCACUACCCCGCACCUCCCACCUCGCUAUUCAAUACUACCUCACUGUCUCUCGGACCGUAUCACCCGGCCAACAUGAAUGGACAUUUAUCUUCUGACCAUCACUAUAACGCGUAUAAUACGAGAGAUAGCGGACAUUUUGAAAGGAACGCUUCUAAAGGCGCCGACUGUCCGGCAAACACUCAUUCGAAAUGCGCCGCGAAUGAUAUGAAAGGGCAUCAAAAUAAAGAGGAAAAGUCUAGAAGCGCCUUUGCGGUCGUGAGACAGAGCCCGCCGCGAGUUCCCAACGUACACCUACAGAGUUGGCACCAUCUCGCAGUUCAAUGAAUGGGCGGUCUCGUCUCGUCUCCGUUCAGUAUGAAUCCGUUUUCCUUACCGACCUGCAGUUCCCAGCAGUACGCUCAGACAGCUCCACUAGCGUCCAAGUAAACUUCGACAACUUCUUAAAAAGGUCCAACAAUGAGCAAUGGAAUGAAGGUAAAAGUAAAUAAACACGAUAUGAGUGUAAUUUUUUGUAAUUUAUUUUUGAACAUUUGAACAACACUAAACAUUUUUGAAAUUUACAAUUUAAAGUCAAAAAUGAGUAGAUUGAUACCCUGAAAAGGCUUUCUUUAAAAUAUUAUCAAGCUACAUAGCAAAAAUUUUAUUGAAUCGAAGUGAACAUUCAUGUUCUAAAAGCAGAUAAAAAUAUACCUUGUAGGUGGCUGUGUGGGUAAUGUAAAUACAAUUGUAAUAAUAUACAUAUAAUUGUGUAAAUAUAGUGUAUUUGACGGUGUAUAGAAUAUGAAUAAUAUCAAAAUGAUUCAAUGAAUGUUUGGUUCUAAAUUAUUUAAAUACAUUUUAGUAACUACCUAAUCUUGGAAAUGCUCAGGAGUUUGUAAAUUUUAAAUUACGUUUUUUUUUCCGUUUGUUUGUGUCGAUUUUGUUUUUGUAAAAUCUGUGAUAUAUUUAUCGUAAGAACUGUAAAUUAUUAACGUAACAAUAAUUGUAAAUUUGUCUAAUUUGUUUAAUAAGAUUACAUUUCGUACUUGGGAUAGUUCUACGUGCAUUAAAAAUUAUUUGAUCUUUAUAAAACAUAUUGCAGUUGAAAAACCUAUUACGUAUUUAAUAAUGUAGAUCUAUCCUGCGUGCAACAUUUUAAUAUAGAAAAGGCGAAUGGUAAAUUUGUUUCUCAAAUCGAAUCUGAAUUAUUCAAAUUACGCUUUAAUUUACGGGUUUGCCUUUUGUCUUUUAAAUAAGCGACCAUAUCUAGAAACAAAACAUAUCGAUACAAAAUAUUAUAUCUAAACUAUAAGUAAACAUCGGAUACUAUCAAAAUAAAUGUGUAUACGAAAUCCAUUUGGAGACGGCUUCGAUUCAGAGAAAUUCAUUUUUUUUUUUUCGUCGGUUAUCCAAAAAUAAUGGAAUAUGUAGUGACGUAUUAUAUAACUCGAAUUGUAUCGAUAAGAUGUAUAAAUUGUAAUCGUUCACGAAAGAAAUAUUAAGAAAUACGAAAUUAAACUACAUUAAUAAUU